AAUUACUGUGGGAAUUGAGCCUGAAGAUGUUUGCAAAACGCCUCAAUGGGAUAUGGUUUUCAUCACCAAAACAAUGUCUGGGCCUGUGACUGGCAACACUCAUGAUUGGAGCCUACAGAGAUUGAAAGCACGUGAUUACUCACCUUGGAAAAAUUCGACAUUUGAAAACCAUUUUUUUGAGGAGCUCCUUCAUCCACCAUCAUUGGCCAUGGCUGAUGCAUGGACAAAACCUUACUCAAGGGAAUAUGCAGCCUUCCCAGCUCCAUGGCUCCGUGCCUUCAAAGUUCUGGCCUCCUACCCACAGACACGCUUGAGAUGUAUAUGUCUCGAUAUAAGAUGGACUGAUUUUGUAGAGUUAGGACGUGUUGAUAAUGUGUAUGGUGACCGCAACCUCAUUUGCACCCUUCUCCCAGCAUCACAGGCUGUUGAAGAAGAAGCUGCAGCCACAGCCUAG